GGAUUCUGGCAGGUAAAAAAUUAUUGACAGUUAUGUGUUUUGUGUGUUUUUGGUAUCCUCUUAUAAUUAAUAUUGCAAAAUGAUUAAUAAAGAAUCCGAACUCAUAAUAGAAAAAAUAUGUAGGUGUUGUAUGUGUGAAAAUGAAAACAUGCACAAUAUGUUUGAAAAGAAAAACGAAGAGAAUGAGGAAGAUUCCUCAACACUUCUGUCCGAUAUGCUGGUGGCUUGUGCUUCAAUAGAGGUUUCAUCUGGAGAUGGUUUACCCGCUAGUUUAUGUAAGGGUUGCGAAGACAAGUUAAAAAGUGCCUAUGAGUUUAGAAAGUUGUGCCAAAAAUCUGAUACAACUUUAAGGGAUCUUACCCAGGAUAGUAAGAAGGGUAUUAGGCAAGAAGAGGAUAUAGUAGUACAACCUGAUUUACACAAUGACGUUUUUGAUGUUGAAGAUGAAGAUAAUAUUCCACUAAUAGAGCGGGGAGUGAAGAGAAAAAGAGGCAGACCUAGAAAAAAGGAUAUUGAGUUAACAUGCAACUAUUGUCACAAAAUAUUGCAGACACCAAAAGGCCUUAGAGUUCAUCUUCGCAGUUCGCACCCAGAGGCAGCUGAGUUAUUCCGCCACACUAAGAAUCAUGAAGAAGCAGAGGAAGCCAAAAAAGAAAAGGAAAUCAAAAUAGAAGCUGAAAUAAAAACUGAAGUGGCAGAUCUCUUUGCUGCAGUCCAAGAUAGUGAGAAAAAAGGUGAUGAAGUCCAACAGAUUGAGCCAGAUAUCAGCCACUUCAGUGACCAUGACGACAAUGUUUUUAACGAUUUCCCCCCAAGUGACGUAGAGAGUAAGGGUAGUGAUGAAGACUUUACUCUUCCCCAUGAGAAAGAAAAAAAAACGAAAAAGGAAAGGAAGAAGAGGAAAUCCAAGCAAGUUGAUGACAAUGGCACAGAAAAAGACAAAGCUACAUAUGAGUGUAAAGAAUGUUCAAAGGUUAUGACAACAUACAUAGGAUUGAAGAUUCACAUGAGGAAACACACUGGGUCAGAUUUGGCAACUUGCAAUAUUAUGGAAUGUGACUAUUGUGACAGAAAAUUCAAAUAUAGGAAAAGUUUCUUACACCACAUGCGUCAAGAACAUGGAAUGGAGGAAAUGGACAGUGAUACUGAAAAGAAGAAUAAAUCGGAUUCCAAAGAUGGUGAGGACGGUAUUUCAACAAAACGUGAAAUUAGAUUGGAUGAGCUUAAUAUUGACGAAACUAAACAAGAAGAAGAUGAUGGCGAAGCUGGUAUUCCUGAUGCCGAAAAUGUAUUUGUUAAGAAAGCCCGUAGUAAAAAUCAAGUAUGUCAUGUUUGUGGGGCCUCCUUUUCAAGAGUAAAUCAUCUUACAAGACACAUGACAUUACAUCGUGCUGUUUUGGUUCAUCAGUGUGACAGAUGUGAAAAGGCAUUUGCUACUGAAGAACAUCUAAAAGUGCAUAUUGAAGAAGAGCACAUCAACAAACCUUAUGUUUGCACUGUGUGCAAUAAGCCAUUCAGCAGAGGUGAACAUUUAAUCAGACAUCUAAAAGUCCACCAAAGCUCUACAGAUAAAGAUGCCAAUUUGAAGUGUUCUAUUUGUGAAACAACAUUUACAAGGUCAGAUCACCUGGCGCGUCAUACCAAGAUCCACUUACUCCAGGAUAAACGUCAUGUAUGCGGCGAAUGCGGCAAGGCCUUCAACCGUCUCGAUAAUCUCAAGACUCACCAGAGGAUUCACACGGGAGAAAAGGAUACGUCCAAGCUGCAUCUGUGUAUCUACUGCGGAAAGGAAUUCAAUAAUUCCAGUAACAUGAUCGUGCAUAUGCGGCGCCACACAGGAGAGAGGCCUUACAAGUGUAGCGAGUGCGGAAAGGGUUUCCCGAGGUCGCACGAUUUGAAAUGUCACGAACGUACUCAUUCGGGCGAAAAGCCUUAUUUGUGUACGUUAUGUGGAAAAUCGUUUAAUAAGAGUAAUAAAUUGCUCCGUCACAGUCGAGUACACACAGGCGAACGUCCAUACGUAUGCAACAUAUGUAGUCGAGCCUUCACUCAGUCUAAUGAUCUUGCACUUCACAUGCGCAGACACACGGGAGCCCGACCGUAUGCUUGUGGAGUCUGUCCCGCUAGAUUCAUCCAGUCCGGGCAGUUAAAGACGCACAGACGAACUACAGGACAUUGGAUGGACGUCCAACCAGAUCUAAAAGGAGGACAUAGGGUUGAGCCUGUUACUCCUGCUCACGAACCUAUGCCCAUUAGGUUUAAAGUUCAUAGAACUAUGAAAAAGGAACAAAAUAUUCUCGAACAAGCUGGACUUAUGCCCCCUCAAGCGUCAACUUCGGAAACCAACCUCACACUAAACAACGAGGUCGCCUCAAUCCAAAACGAACCGCAUAGGAUAGUGAUGGGCAUCAUGGGCAACCUUAAAAUACCAGGUCCUGACGCUUCGAUCCAACCCCUACUAAUAGAUAGCGCUAAAUUAGCAGAAUUGCAUAAUGCAGGUUGGUAAACCUGCCCUCAGUCUCAGUCAUCCAGACAGCCAACGGUGAUGAAAUUAAACUCAAAUCCGAAGUUGCUAAUUUCGGUAUGCCGCAGGAUUUGGAUAAACAAGAUGGAAGCAACGCCGCUAAUGCUUACCAAAAUGACGUUAUUUAUUCUAGUGUAGGACACACCUCUACAACAUAUACGACCAGUGAGAAUUUCAACUUUCAGAGUUUUCACUAGCUUGAAGUAGUGCAGUUCGUUUAAGGUAGCCUUUCUUUUGAUGUAGUACAAGUUUUGUUGAUUAGACUAUAAGUAAAUAGACACCACUUGUUGACAAUUGCUACA